ACCGCCCCUCCACGCAGGCCCUGCCGCGCGCCGCCUCGGCAGGCGGUGGCACGGGCACCUCAGGACCCCCCGCCGGGGGCCUCGAAGGACCCCACCCCCCUAACCGCGCCGAAGGCCUCGUAGGACCCCGCGCGCCGCCCGCCCGCACUUCCGGCCGCAGGCUCUUCCCGCUGUAGCAGCCGGCUAGACCAUGUUCGUCCCUUGCGGGGACUCGGUCCCCGACCUCGCGGGGUGCACGCUCCUGAUGCCAGCAGUAUCUGUUGGAAAUGUUGGCCAGCUUGCAAUAGAUCUGAUUAUUUCUACACUGAAUAUGUGUAAGAUUGGUUACUUCUAUACCGAUUGUCUUGUGCCGAUGGUUGGAAACAAUCCAUAUGCAACUGCAGAAGAAAAUUCAACAGAACUCAGUAUAAAUGCUGAAGUGUAUGCAUCGCCUUCAAAGAAACUAGUGGCUCUUCAGUUAAGAUCCAUUUUUAUUAAGUAUAAAUCAAAGUCAUUCUGUGAGAAACUGCUUUCCUGGGUGAAAAGCAGCAACUGUGCCAAAGUUGUUGUUCUUUCAAGCAGCCACUCGUAUCACUGUAAUGACCUCCAGCUCCGCAGUACUCCCUUCAGGUACCUACUUACACCUUCCAUGCAAAAAAGUGUUCAGAAUAAAAUACAGAGCCUUAACUGGGAAGAAAUGGAAAAAAGCCCAUGCAUUCCUGAAAUAGACGAUUCUGAGUUUUGCAUCCGUAUUCCUGGAGGAGGUAUCACAAAAACACUCUAUGACGAAGGCUGUUCUAAAGAAAUCCCAAUGGUGAUUCUGCUGAAAUUCGUUGCAGAAGGAGACAAUAUCCCAGAUGCGUUAGGUCUUGUUGAAUAUCUUAAUGAAUGGCUUCAGAUAAUCAAACCAUGUUGUGAUGACCCCUCAGCAUCUGCCUUGCCAUGGAAAAUGCCGAGUUCCUGGAGGUUACUCUUUGGCAGUGGUCUUCCCCCUGCGCUUUUCUGAUCUGUUUUCAGUUUUAUACCUUAUGUCCCAAGACACACACUACCAACACACCUGUUAAACAACUAUAUAAAAAGAAUGUAUUAGGAAAUUUUUACUUUUCACAGAAAAAUCGCAAAGAAAAAUGGAUUAACAAAAGGUUGUUUUUGCCAUGCUUUUCAUAUACAACAAAUGUAAAUUUUGUGCAAUAAAGUGUUUCCCAAGUAA